AUCACAGCACUCACAGGGCUCCCGCCUCACAAAGAUACACUAUACUAUACCAGAGUUCGCGCCAGCCGUGGGAUGGUCAAGCAGUGCUCGAAGCUCACCGAAGCUGCCCUGAGCGCCCACGACUGCUCCGAGCGCCCUCGACGGGCCUCAGCGGCCGCCGCGGCCACCGACGCACGCGACCUCAAGAGACGCAAGUUGGUGGCCGCGCCGUGCUACAUGUGCAAGGCUCAGCCGAAGCACGGCCACUGGGCGGAGAGGGACAAGAAGGGCCACCCGAUCGGCAACAAGUGCGGGGACUGUUGGAGCACCUACUCGCAGGGAGGUUUCGUAGAAGAUGGCACGUUCGAGGAGGUGGCAGACAAGUGCAGGGACGACGAGGCCUACAACAAGGAGUUCAACGCGGCGAACGCCGCGAGGCUGGACCCUUCGGCGAAGGGUUGGGAUGAGGAGUACGAAGUGGACGACUGCGACGAGUUCAAGGUCGUCGUCGAGCAGUGUUGGCUCGGCGUUCCACGCGCCAGUUUCAAGGCAGCGACUGGCAAGAACCCCGACGACUGCAGCAUCCGCAUGCAGAACUUGCCUGGCACCACGGUCGGCAACGAGUACAAAGGCUUCCUGUGCAAGGAUGCGGCCAACCCGUACAUCAGGUACCGCGUCCAGCGGAGCUUCGCGAUCAGGCGCAGCAAACUCGUCGAGAAGAGGGGCACGCACCUGCGCCGCAAUCAGGCCGACCUCACGCUUGCUAAACAGGCCAAGAAGCUGAAGGCGAAUCUCCUCUCCAAGCUGCGCAACGUGAAGUUCGACCUCGGCCACUUCGAGAACCUGGCCCACGGCAGUGUCCCCGAGGACCUCGAGGGCGAGGGCGCGGCCGAGGCGGACGAUGAUGCGGACGACGAGGCAGCGGACGGGAGCCAGUCUUCGGAGCCCGCCGAGGUGGAGUCCGUUGGUGCGCACCCGGAGGCGGGCCCCAGCCGCGGCCCCGCCACCUCAGGCGCCAGUGCGAUCGCGGCGCUGGCGGCAUCUCGCAGGCCAGAGCGUGCCAUGUCCGUCACGCCCUCCAAGACGCUCGAGGCAGGCCCAACGCCCUCGCUGCUCUCCGCCAGUCCGAUCGACGUCACCAGCAAGGAUCAGUGGGCCAAGAAGGUCAACAAGUACCAGGAGAAGCUCAACGUGUCAGCCAUCAUGGAGGGUGGCCCGUACAAGACCGACCUGCGCUGGGCGAAGGACUUACUGCACAAAUUUCCAGAUCGAACGACUCCGCAGUACAAGAACCUCAAGGCCCACGUCGAUAAGGUUGAGGCGGCAGUCGACUUGACAGUGGAUGCCAUUCAGAAGACGGCAGAUGCAGAGGCUCUCAAGGCGAGGAUCGCGACCAUUGGCAGCGACUUCGAGUACCCGACCUCCAUCAAGAUCGCACUCCUCAAGAACACCAUGUCUCGCCUGACGGCUGACAAGCACGUGAGCAAGCAGCGUAUCAGCCAAACGCUCGAGCACAUCUUGCCGCUCGUCCUCAAAGCCGAUUGCGAGGGUGGAUCCACGGAGGGCCAACAUGACGACGCUGAGCAUGACUUCCAGCCGACGUCUCCGCAAUUGGCGCUGAUCGAGGGAUCACCUGAGGAGUUGGCCACCUUGUUCACGCAGUACUUUGGACAAUACGUUUUGCCUGCCUUGGUGGCUUCGUGUUCGGCAUCUGAGCGCCUGUUCGGCGACGCGUCGCAGGCGAUCUUGGAGAAGCUCGACGCCUUCGGCCUGGACAUCCCCGACGCCACCAUCGAGGCGUUCCAGGAUGCCAUCGGCAUCGUGAAUGUGUUGCAGUGCUUACUGGACCCUACUGAUACCAUUCACAUACAGGAGGUCGCCAACAUCAAGACGGCUGUCAAGAACAAGACUCUCACUGGGCUCCAGGAAUCCCUGGUCUCCAUCAUCCAGGAGUCGGCUAAGCUGAAACAGUCCUGGGAUGACAUCACGGUGAAGGGUGGUUCGCUCGGGGUCCAGCCGAAAAUCAAUGAAGCCAACUCCGAUAUCCAGAAGGGUUGUGGCGACGACGUCGUGGCGGACAUCGUCAAGAACUUGCCGUCUUGGGAGCUGGGGUGCCGCAGCGGAGGUGUCGUGCCGUUGCGCGGCGCGCUCCAGACCCGCAUCGCAGCCAUGAUCACCGACAUCGAUGCGCUUUGUAUCGAGCAGUCGUUGACGACAGAGGGCAUCGUUUCCGAGGUGAAGGUCAAGCUCGGUAUCUUGACUGAGUGCGUUGGUGUAUUCCCGAACCUCGCUGUUUCCAUCAAGGCCGCCAUCUCCAAUGCUCAGCGUGCGCUGGGCUGUGCUUCUGAUUUGUCGUUUGGGACCGCAUUCGUUACAGAGAUGGAGCAGCUCUCGAAGACUACGGACUUCGACACCCUGGACCUUUCCAAGUACUCCCAGAAAUGCCAGGACUACAUGGCGGUGUCUGGCAAGUUCGCCGACGUCCCCAGAGGUGUUGAGGUAUUGGGCGGGCUGGCAAUCUCGCUUCUCGGGUACGUGGCCAAGAACGUGAAGAACGUGGGGAACGAUGGCGUGAGGUCUGCCGCAGACUUGCUCGAGAAGAUUUCGGCCGUGCUGGGCAAGCUCGCCUGCGACGACGUGUUGGUGGCGAAGGGCGUCGUGAGCAAGCUACUGGCGCUGCUGAACUCGUACGAGGGGUGGGCGAGGUUGGCCAAGGACGCGGCCUGCAGGGUGGAGCUGGACGCUGACCUCGUCAAGUCGCUGGCGUUCGUCAGCGCCCUCACCGCCUGGCAGGCAGCAAGCGUCGAGAGCGUGACGUACUUCCCGCUCGAGGGCAUCACCCCCGUCGUGACUGCCUACGUGGAGGAGGCACAAUCGCUUCGCAACGCAGUGGCUACCAGUUUGUUGGCAGGGCUCGCGAACCAGUUCGACAACUGCGACAUCCAGAAGCUCUGCGGCGGCACAGACAACGGUUCCAAGUGGCACGAUGGGCUUGACAAGGACUCGGAUUGGACAGCGAUCAAAGAGCGAGCUACGACCACGAUCCUGCGCGCGAGCUUCGACGUGAAGAAGUUUAACGCCAACCUCGCCACUUGCGAGGCCAUGCACCGCACGACUACGGAGCAAUUCGAGAUGUUCUCGAUCACUGACAAUACGGAGGUGAUGGCAGAAUUGAAGGGCUACUUGGAGGACGGCAGGGCGACCGUGACGGAGGGCAUGGUCAUGUACUACGCGACGUGCGACAUGCAGGCGUCCGAGAAGAAGAGGAACCUCAAUAGGGAGAGGAAGGCGCUCGAGAAGCUGUCCGAGGGUGUCCAGGGCCGUGUGUUUGAGCCCCUCAAGACCUACCUGUACAACGAGUCCUCCCUCCUGGGCAUCAAGAAGCAGCCCGCCAAGGGGGGUGUGCCAGCAGUGUGA